CUACAAGCGCAAGGGCUACCACCAAUCAUCUGUGCGCUGCGUGGGCUUAACGCGCUGACGGUCAAAAAGAAAUUUAUCGCACGUAAGAUUACCAGGGACUCGGUUCGAAAUGCGUUUAACGUAACAGCUGAUCACGUGAAGCUUUACCCUGCUGAUACCACCAACGAACUUUGUGAGUUCGUUCGUCAGGUUUGUGAACAUCGCUGUUCCCAGCCGCAGUGGCGUUCAGCACGUGCAUAUGUGCUGGCCGAGCGCUUCAAUAUUUUUCCUGAAUCUGCUCCGUCUACCAAUAGUUACAUCAAGGAUGAUCAUACAGUGUCAAUUCAAGUUGAAGGUUAUGUGCGAGGCUCAGCACUUUCUGCCAACCAGCUAGUUCACCUCCCUGGCAUAGGAGAUUUCCCCAUCGCACAGAUAAUGGCUGUAUCUGCUCCAAUCACAAACCAAUUCAGCGGAUUUGCGAAACAAGACGACAAUGCUAGCUAUGAUCAUUUCAGGGAUGCAAUCACUCAUAUACCGGACCCAAAUCACCAGGUGAUCGCGCUGCGCGAGAACAUUCCUGAUCUCCACUCAAACGAGCAGACCUGGCCAACUGACGAAGAUCUGGCACUGUCAGUCGGACAGAGGAUAUCCGUUUCGGAUACUGUCUACGACCGGGAAGGCCAUCUUUGCGAAAGCCAGGGAAAUGCCGUUGUGAAUAAUGAUCGAGGUGGCAAAUCUUCGGAAAUGCGCGAUAAAAAUGUGAAAAUUACACCCCUGGGCUCUGCAACACUCAGCGAUCAUGGUACCAUACAAAUCAAAACGAGCUGCUGUGCUUCCGAGUGGGCAGCAGAAAAGGACGAACUUAUAUUUCCAGAUGAGAUGGAGACCCCACUUUUGACCCCAGCUCGUGAACGUUUCGCAAGAUAUCGUGGAUUGAAGUCAUUUCGUUCCUCAAGAUGGGAUCCUAAAGAACAACUUCCAGUCGAGUACUCGCGCUUGUUCACUUUUGAAAAUUUCCGACGCGCGACUCGCCAGACAUUAACGCGUGAACAAAAAAUCAUCGCCGCGGGCAUCGGAGAUUUUGUUCGAGUCGUCGUGGAAGGCGUGCCACGCGUGGCAGCUAUGGCCUUUUCUCUCCUGCAACAUGAAAGCAAGCUUACCGUCAUGCAUUACAGUGUUGUGAAAGCGCCCUCAUAUGGCCUGCCUUUACGCAGUAAGACUCCAGUUUGGUUUCACGUUGGUUUCCGCCGUGAACGAGCCUCCCCAAUCUUUUCCGCAGAUGGGUUAGGGGACAAACACAAGUUUGAGCGAUUUUUGCCCCAAGGUCAGCGGGCGAUUGCAACCGUGUACGGGCCUGUUACCUAUCCGCCCGCGCCUGUACUGGGUUUCAAGGAAGAGGUGUCCGCUGCUGGUAUCAUCGCUCAUUUGGUAUUCUCUGGCGGUGUUCAAAAAUCAGACCCAGAUCGGAUCAUUCUCAAGCGGAUCAUAUUAACCGGGGUGCCAUUCAAGACCCACAAAUGUAAAGCAGUUGUCCGGCAGAUGUUUUUCAAUCCCGGAGAUGUUCGAUGGUUUCAACCAUUAGAAUUAUGGACGAAGUGUGGUUUGCGUGGCAAAAUUAAAGAAGCUGUUGGCACGCAUGGGCACAUGAAGUGCGUCUUUAACGGAGUGAUUCAGCAAAGGGACACCGUUUGUAUAACCUUGUAUAAACGGGUAUAUCCGAAGUUUUUAGUAGACUAG